GGACGUUGAAGUAAAGGUCUGUGAUAAAAUCCAGAGACAUCAGCGCAAACUAGAAUCAUCCCUUGUAGUCGCAACUGCUCAUGAACACUGUCUUAUCCACCAGAGCUAGCUAAAAGCCCUGCGAGUUCAUCUCUUGGCAAUAAGUACCUAAGACGGCGAGCGCUUCGACGACCGCAGGUUUCCCACUUCUCCUCAUCUUUGUCUCAGCAUUGCUAUCAAAGCCACCAUGGCAGCAACUGAAAUACCCCUAGCUGAUCUCAAAAGUCCCGAAUAUCGAUCCCCAGAACUACUGGAACAGGAGCCACACCAGGUAUUCCAGCAGGUGGAACGAUGGAACGCUCCUCGGUCCAAUGUAUGGAAGACACUAGCGACGUUCUGGAGUUUUCUCGUCAUGGGGAUGAAUGAUUCCGCGUAUGGGCCGUUGAUUCCUUAUCUGGAAACAUACUACGACCUCUCCUACACCGUUGUAUCCAUCUUAUUCUUCUCGCCACUCUUCGGCUACAUCUGCUCCGCAUUACUUAACAAUAAAAUCCACAAUCGAUUCGGUCGUCGUGGCGUCGCCUGGAUUGGCCCCGGGUGCCAUAUCAUCGCCUACAUUGUCAAUUGUCUUCACCCACCGUAUCCAGUCCUGGUGGUUUCGUUCAUCUUCGCAGGUUUUGGAAACGGCCUCGCGGACUCAGGAUGGAAUGCUUGGAUCGGCAAUAUGGCCAAUGCGAACCAAGUCCUGGGGCUUUUGCAUGGCUUCUAUGGAGUCGGAGGCGUGCUUAGCCCGUUCGUUGCCACUUCUCUGAUCACGAGAGCGGAUUUGCCCUGGUAUUACUUUUAUUAUCUCAUGAUCGGUUUAGCGACGAUCGAAUUUGGUUUCUGUCUCGCUGCCUUCUGGGAUGCGGGCGCGCCUGCAACGCAGAAUAACCACCCUGGGGAAGAGACCAAGGGUGGACUGCGUCAGGCCCUUCUCCAAAAACAAUACGCCUGGGUCACAUGGAUCUGCGCUCUUUUCCUUCUCGGAUAUGUAGGCAUUGAAGUUGCUCUGGGCGGCUGGAUCGUGACGUUCAUGAGAAGAGUAAGACAUGGAGAGCCCUUCGCCAGUGGCAUGACUGCUACGGGGUUCUGGCUGGGAAUCACCUGUGGGAGGGUUGUUUUGGGCUUCGUGACGCCUAAAUUGGGGGAGAAGCUGAGUAUCGUUAUAUACUCCCUCCUCGCCAUAACAGCCGGACUGAUCCUCUGGCUCGUACCGGAUUUCUAUUCUUCCGCAGUAGCAGUCUCAUUUCAGGGCUUCUUCCUGGGCCCCUUCUUCCCUGCAGCUGUUGUAGUUGCUACGAAGCUUCUUCCACGAAAUCUUCACGUCAGCGCUAUCGGCUUCGCGGCAGCUGUUGGAGGAGUGGGAGGUUCGGUUUUUCCUUUUGCAAUGGGUGCGCUUGCUGAAGCGCGCGGUGUACAGGUCUUGCAGCCAUUUAUAAUUGCGCUUUCCGCGAGUAUCUUGUUGUUGUGGUUGGGAUUGCCGCGGAUGCCUAAAAAGACGGAGGAUGAUAGAGGUCAUUCGAAUGCUUAACUCGGUUUCCUGAUACCUGAAGUGAUAAUGGCCGGAAUUUAAUGGCUCCACACCCCUCCAGUGGGCAGAUGAGGUACCAGGUCAAAUCUUAUGUUUUUACCAUACGGGAAGUUUAGGCAAAAGU